AUGGCGGUGGCUCACUGUCAUGAACAGCGAGAGACGAUCUACCACACCACCUUCGACUGGCCCCCCGAGCCUGAGAUCCAGAACCGCCUGGUGGUGCCCGAGGGCAUCUCGGAGCGGGAGACGGUGCAGCGGCUGCUGCAGCACCACCGGAACAUCGUCAGGGUGCUGCCCUCGUACCCCGGGGUCCUGAAGGUCAUCAGCGCCGACCAGCCCUGCGUGGACGUCUUCUACCAGGUCCCCGACAGCCUCAUCCUGAAGGUGCUGAACCAGCGCCUGAGCCAGCACGACUGCGUGCACCGAGGGUGGGUGCUGCACGGCUUCCCGCGGGACCUGGACCAGGCGCGCCUGCUGGACAGCCUGGGCCACAAGCCCAACAGGGUCUUCUUCCUGAACGUGCCACUGGACUCGGUCAUCGAGCGGCUGACCCUGAGGAGAACCGAUCCUGUCACCGGAGAAAGGUACCACCUCAUAUACAAGCCGCCUCCGACCAUGGAAGUCCAGGCCCGUCUCCGGCAGAACCCCAAGGAUGCCGAAGAGCAAGUCAAGUUCAAGAUGGACCUGUUCUACAGGAACUCGGCCGAGCUGGAGGAGUUCUACAAGCAGGCCAUCACCCUGAAUGGGGACCAGGACCCCUACACCGUCUUUGAGUACAUUGAGAGCGGGAUCACCCACCCCCUGCCCCAGAGAGUCCCCUGAGGCCAGCAGAGCCGGGAGCGCCCUGCCCUCUGCCCCCCCACGCUCCCAGCCAGGCAAUAAAGGGCGCCGGUGCCGGUGCCACCUCGCCUCGUGUCCUGAGGUGGCCGUGCUUCGGGUUGGGGAGCACAGGGUGGGCGGGGCUCAGGGAGGCGUGAGGCAGUGUGGAGGGUCAGGCCAGGUGUGCUGUGGCUCAGCCCCAAUGCCCGUGCACAGGGAGGGGCGUCACUGACCCCAGCCUCUCUCUGAACCAGAUGGGGCACUAAGGAGCCUGCCCCUCAUGCUGGGGGUCAGUGAGUGGGCCCUGGGCUUGGCUCACAAGGAGCGCUCAAUAAUGCAGACACAAAACCGCCCUCUCAGGGCAGUGCUGUGGGCAGGGCUCGGAAUGAGGGCUCACUCUCUCUGCACUGUCUCU